CUUCGUCGAGAGGGAACGCGCCCUUCCCGCUCCUCCGACCGUGCCUAUCGCCCCGCCUCCACCGCGCGCCUCCUCCUCUUUGCGCUCUGAUGGGCCGCCACGUGUCUCCGAGCGUGUUGGUGAUGAUGGGUCGUGUGGCGUUGCUCAUGACCCUGAUGGUGGUGAUGACGAUGGGGAUGGUGGUGGUGGACGCGAAGCCGAGCCGGGGCCCGCACUUCAACACCGCCAUUCAGGAAUACACCAAUGAGAGGACGUGCUGGACGGACGAAAUAUGCAAGACGGAGUUCCAGGCCGAAUUCCGCUGCAAAUGCCCGCGCUGGUACUGGUGUCGAGGUCCCGGCCGCUAUUACCACGCCUAUUGCUCCAUGUCCGCCCUCGGCUACAUCUGGGUGCAGCCUGGGGGACUCAGACCCGAAGACGUGAUGGACAACUGAACGGAUGAAAAGCGAGAUGCGUGUGAGGACGGGUUUUGUGAGCUGUUGGACUGAUGAACAACCAGGGGUAGUUUCUAUUCGAAGGGCUCAAGAUAACAAAUGAACAUAUGAACAACGAGAUCUGGGGAUUCUUUUUUUUUUUUUUUUUUUGUCCUACAACGAAAUGUAUGUGAGAUGACUAUUUCUAUUUGAAGUGAUGGACAAAACGACCUAACAGAUGAACAAUGAGAUGCGUGUCAGAACGAUUUUUGUUCUGUAUAUAUGACAAGCUGAACAGAUGAACAACAGGAUGCGUGUAAGAAUACGAUGAUUGUUUGACGUUGUGAAUAAUUGAGCUGAUGAACAAGUGAGUGCGUGAGGACGAUUUUUGUUCUACUAAAAAAAUAAAUAAAUAACAAACGAACAAUGAGAGUUGAUGAGCAAAUGAAAAAGACGAAGUGCGCAUGAAGAUUUUAAUUUCAUUUUCAUUUCAUUUUUAAUCGACGUAGAGAACAGUUUCACAGAUGAACAAUGAGAUGAUUAUAUUAUAACCGGUGGAGAAUGGCGGAAAGAAGAAAGAUGGCAUCGUAUCUUCAUUUUUUCUUUCUUGUUUGUUGAAAGGCGAAAAGUGAGGUGAUUGGUAUCUUUCCCGGCGACGAGUGUUCGAGCACUGUCUGAAAAUAAAGAAAAAGGAAAAUUAAUAACGAAAUGCAACCGGUGUUUAGCUUUAAGCAAGAUUUUUUUUU